AGGUUCUUGGGUUGGCCGUAGAUUCGUCCUUUUCUUCCCUUGUUUGCGUUUGAUCUUGCUUUAUGUGAUUCUUCUUGGCUGUUUCGCCGUCGCCUUGGAUUCUUGUUGUUCUUGGUGCUGAUCUUGAAUUCCACUUUGUUCACUGUUGAUGAUGCCCCACGGCACGGUGUUUUGAUUACUUAUCCCCUUUUGUUCGGAGAACUGAUUUCUUUGUUCGAACUCCCCGAGUGGGUUGGACACCGUUUUCUGUAAUUUUCUUGGCCUUUUUCCGCCACCUUUGAUUCUUGUUGUUCUUGGGGCUGAUCUUGCUUGGAUCGGAUUUGCAUUGGCUGCGGUUUUACGUUGCGAACAGUUACGACUCGCUUGUUCCUGCACCUUCCAUUUGAUCUAAGAGGGUAGUUGUGUUUCCUCUUUGCUGUAUAGCAUUGGCAGCUAAUGGGGAGGGACUCGAAACCCAAGGAAUCAGGGGGAAGGGGGAACGGAAAACAAGCAGCUUCCUCCGCAAUUGAUGAUAAUGCCUCCAAGGGUAAAGGGAAGGGUGGCAAGUCCAGUGAUGGGCUUGGUACCUGCACUUAUGUUAAAGCAAGGCACAUAUUAUGUGAAAAACAAGGCAAGAUUAAUGAAGCAUACAAGAAGCUCCAAGAUGGCUGGCUAAGCAAUGGAGACAAGGUUCCCCCUGCUGAAUUUGCAAAGGUGGUAACAGAAUAUUCCGAGUGUCCAUCAGGAAAUGAAGGUGGAGACCUUGGAUGGUUUCUGAGGGGAAAAAUGGCUGGUCCUUUUCAGGAUGCCGCAUUUAGUACACCUAUUGGAGCUACUAGUGCGCCAUUUAAAUCAACGCAUGGUUACCACAUCAUUCUUUGUGAAGGGAGGAAAAAUUAAUAGUUUUGGUGUAGAACAGCUGCUUCAGAUGGGAGGAACUGGUAUCAUCUGUUAAUCAACCCCCGAGGAUUUAGAUGAAGCAAGACUGCUACUGCAUGGAGUUUGGAGAUAUGUAAACUAUGCAGAAGAGUCUCCGAGUAAACCCUAGUUUGGUCUGUUAUGUGAAACUGCUUUGAGGAAGAAAUUUGCUGGUUGUUCCAUGGUUAAGAAAGAAUGCUUUGGUGAUAAACUUAAAGCACUUAGAAGAGGAGAGGAGCAGGUACAGUCUUUUCACUUGUGACAUUCAAGUGUUGGUUGAACCGACUGUUGAAUUCUACUAAAAACAUUCAUAUUUUGUCAUUAUAUGAUGAAAAGUACUGCGUUUUGGUUGGCUUGUUUUAUUACUGCACAUGAUGGCAAAAUAAGCGAACCCAAUGAGUCU